AUGGACAUGUCAUUAGCCAGGCUUCAGUUCAGUUGGUCCUCGGUUAUGGCCGGAAAAAGAGUGGAGAGCUGGUCGCGAUUCUUGCUCUUAUGGCUAUAUCGUUUUGCUCGGGGUCUUUCGCUGCUCUCCUCGAGCUUGGACAGGGAGAAACUGCAGCUAAAGUCCCCAAAACAGGGUAGCAGAAAUCGCAUCCUUAGUAUUGUGUGGCGCUGUUUGGUGGUUCUAAUCUACACAGGUGUAUUGCCAUUACUAACGGGAUCCACUAUUGGCAAACGUCUGGAGAGCUAUGCGGAUCUAUUUGCCUUCAUUCAGGCCAUUUCGGUUUCCGUUCUGGCAGUCAUAUCCUUUAUGAUCCAGGCCAAGGAAGAGUGCAAAUUUCGAGAGGUGCUAAAUAGAUAUUUAUGCCUUUACCAAAGAAUAUGCUCGGCUACCCGUUUGCAGCAGCUGUUCCCACCGAAAUUUGUGGUUUUCUUUUUGCUUAAACUCUUUUUCACCUUAUGCGGUUGUUUCCACGAGGUGAUACCUCUGCUGAAAGACGAACACUUUGAAAACGUCGGUAUGAUAAUGGCUGUAGUUGUUGGCAUCUACAUGUGGCUGGGUACGCUUUUCGUCCUGGAUGCCUGCUUUCUGGGAUUUUUGGUCUCUGGGAUCCUGUACGAACAUAUGGCUGCGAAUAUUAUGGCCAUGCUGAAGCGGAUGGAACCCAUAGAGUCGGAAGAGGAAGGAAGUCGCAUGACCCACUAUCGCCGGAUGCGCCUCCUUUGCGAUUUUGCGGAUGAGUUGGACGAAUGUGCCGCCAUCUACAGUGAACUCUACGAAGUCACCAUUUCCUUUCGCAGGAUGUUGCAAUGGCAGAUCCUCUUCUAUGUCUACUAUAACUUUAUAAAUAUUUGCCUCAUGCUAUAUGAGUAUAUUCUACACUAUCUGAACGACGAUGAAGUGGCUCUGGUUUCCUUGGUCAUGGCCUCCGUAAAGUUGGCUAAUCUAGUUUUGCUCAUUAUGUGUGCAGAUUAUACGGUCAGCGAGUCCCAAAAACCUAAAAGAUUGCCCUUGGAAAUAGUUUGCAGCGAUAUGGAUGAGCGUUGGGAUAAAAGUGUUGAAACUUUUCUCAGUCAGCUGCAAACACAAAGACUGGAGAUGAAAGUAUUGGGCUUUUUUCAUCUUAACAAUGAGUUUAUCCUCCUCAUUCUGUCUGCCAUUAUAUCGUACUUGUUUAUUCUUCUCCAGUUUGGCAUUACAGGUGGCUUUGAGGCAUCCGAAGAUAUUAAAAAUCAAUUUGAUUAA